AUGAGGCGGCAACAACGCUUCACGGCAGCCAUCGCCACCGCGAUUGUUGCUACAGCUUGGAUAGCAUAUAACUGCAGUGUUGGGCCAUGGAGGAAGGUUAGGAAAGGUUGGAAGUGCGAGAUUGUUCCGAUUGAUGGCGCCGUUGGAGCAGAGAGUUUUGCGUUUGAUCCUAACGGCAAAGGGCCUUACACAGGCGUAUCUGACGGUCGAAUUAUCAAAUGGAACGACACUCUGAAUCAUUGGCACAACUUUUCCGUUACUUCUUCGGAUAGAGAUGAUGAAUGCGGAGGAGCAUACUCUGAGCAUCCCAAGAAAGAGCAUAUCUGUGGGCGUCCACUGGGUUUGUGUUUCAGCAUGUCAUCAGGUGACCUUUACAUUGCUGAUGCUUACAAGGGCAUACUUGUUGUUGGUCCCAAUGGUGGCACUCCUAAAACACUCAUCUCUCACGUACAUGCCCAACCCUUGGCCUUCACUAACAGUUUGGACAUUGAUCAAAGAAAUGGAGCACUCUACUUCACCACCAGCAGUUCUAAAUAUCAAAGGAGGAACUACAUCUCUCUGAUCCUAAGCAGAGAUACAACAGGGAAGCUAAUAAAAUAUGAACCCAAAAGCGAACAAGUUAGUGUUCUUCUAAGCAAUCUCUCAUUUGCAAAUGGAGUUGCACUGAGCAAAGAUGGUGACUAUAUUCUAAUAGUAGAGACCGCAAACUGCAGAGUGCUAAGGUAUUGGCUAGAAACACCAAAAGCUGGAACCUUAGAAGUCUUUGCCGAUCUACCAGGUUUCCCAGACAACAUAAAACGAAGUCCAAGAGGGGGAUUUUGGGUCGGAAUUUAUUCAAGAAGAGAGAAACUUAUCCAAUGGAUUUUAUCAUAUCCUUGGAUUGGAAAAACUUUGCUUAAGCUUCCUCUGGACAUCACAAAAGCUUAUUCAUAUUUGGCUAAGCUUAAAGGGAGAAGAGGACUGGCAAUUAGGUUAAGUGAGCAAGGGGAUGUUUUGGAAAUUAUGGAAGACAAGAAUGGAAAAAGGGGGAGGUCUAUUAGUGAAGUUGAGGAAAAAGAUGGGGUAUUAUGGGUGGGAUCCAUAGAUGCACCUUUUGCUGCUAAGUAUAAUAUUCUUGUUGCAAAAGGAUAAAGCAAAGAGAUUUAAGAUAUUUUUUCAGUGAUUCUCACUUUGUUGUUUACUCUAUUCAAUAGUAAAAGGGAUAUGGGCUUUGGCUGGCCUGUAUAUUUGUGUAAUAAAAGCUAUUCUUGCAUCAUGUUGUAAAAGUGAAGUGAACAUGUAGUGAAGUUUUGAAGAAUUCUCUCGACACUAGCAAAAUCAGUGACCUCAACUCUCAAGUCAACACUGAAAAAAAAAAAUCUUUAAAAGACAAGACAUCG